UCUGGUUACGGGAGUUAGAAAAAUUCCGCCGUCAAGAAAUCAAGUACACUUUUACUUCUUAGCGGAAAAAUGAAACAAAAGAAAAAGGAAAAGGAUAAACCUGCUGUUGCCCCUGAAAACAACGAAGCAGAUAUUGAAAAAUUUCUUCAGACGUUUGAAAAGGCCACGAAAAUAUACAGAUAUCUUCGGACAAGACAUCUUGUUUCACCUCUAUUUCUGCAAAGGAGUCUAUGGUAUAUGAAGCAUAGAAAAAGCACAGGCAAAACAAGGAAAUCUUUUAAAGUUGACAGCAUCUUGGAAAAGAAGAAAGUUAUCAAGGAUGACCCAGACGCACCCCAUGAUGGGAUCAAAUAUCUCCGGCUGGAGCUGGAUGGUUACUAUGACAGCAAUAUUCCUCAUGGUAUUCAUGAAGUGGAAGUGGAAGCAAUAGUUACCCGAAUACAGCAUACCCGCAAACAUGGUGCCUGCUCUGGCAAUGUAAAGCAGACCAGUCUUGGCAAAGUACGAGUGCCAGUAAACCCCACCUGGAGUCACUCUAGCCCAGAUGGGACACAGUCUGACAAUGGUUACCAUGGCUCCCGAGCUACUAUCAUCUCAAAGGAGGGCAUUGACUUCAGACCAUUUAAUGGCCAGAAUAGCUGUAGUCUGCAUUUGAGUGUAACCUGUCGACUGAAACCUAACCAUCCAAAUGGCAUUGCUAAUGGCACUAUAAGUGACGAGUACAGUAACAAGAAGCGUCGUCACUCGUUGAGUCCUCAUGGGGCGGGCAACCUUGAGGACAAUGUGGUGGUGUACGGGGCAGAACUCUCAGUGUACGGCAAGCAGUACCAGUGCCUCCUGGUGGCGGGAACGUACGACCUCAUCCUGCAAGAGCGCGGGUCGAAGUUUUCAACUAAUGAGCGGGGACAGUGGGAAAGGGCUGGUGGGAAAAGGCCAAUCGCCGCCUUGGAGGUGUUCGACUCAAGUUCCACUCUGAAGUUCAAGCUUACCUGGUUUGACGACCCAGAAGGGCUGGUACCCUGUGAGACACUACCCUGUGAAUACCACAAGAACAACAGAUACACACCCACAGGUUACAGAUCGGAUCCCAGCCAACUAAUCAAGGAAGAAGGUACAUCAACACCGAAGAAGAAAAUGCCGAUCGUGUACCAGUUCCUGUAUGACGAGAAUGCUCGUCAGAUGACAGACUCCCGUGACAGCGCCGGCUGCCCAUGGUGCACCGUGAACUGUGGAGAGCUGUACAGCCUGCUGAAACACCUACGCCUCUGUCAUGCACGCUUUAACUUUAUCUACACUCAAACCCCCACUGCUCACCGCAUAGAUGUCUCUCUGAAUGACUGUUUUGAUGGAGCAUACGCGGGUAACCCUCAGGAUCUGAACUCCCACAUAGGGUUUGCCUUCCAUCGCCUGGGCCCUGUACGGAGAUCUUCCAUCACCCACGUCAUGGUCUACAGACCUAAACGCCCAGCACAGACACUGCAGGAGUUUUGUGAGCCAGAAAAGGAGAAUCAGAUCUGCAGACAAAUCAUUCAGGGACACAACAGGUUGUAUUACCGCACCAACACAUGUCAGCCUUUGAAACCUCAGGAGAUCAAUCAGGACAGCGAGGAUGAGAUCACGCCAAAAUGGCUCUGUCAGAAGUCGGUCAAUCUGAUAGAUGAGUUCAGUGAUGUCAAUGAAGGCGAGAAGGAACUGAUGAAGAUGUGGAACCUUCAUUGCAUGAAAUAUGCGUACAUAGCUGACUGUCAAAUACCUCAGGCCUGCCAGACCUUUAUAGAAGAGCAUGGCAAAGAAAUCAUCCUGAAGAACAUCGUGAAGAACUUUGAACUUCACCUGGUGAACAUGUUUGACUACAGUCUAAUAGCACCAGAGAUUGUGCAGAGAACCAUGUGGCAAUUGUACACAGUCAGGGACGACCUUGAAAUGUCAGGGGUCAUACCAUGCUGUAGUUAAUGUAGUCUGGCCGACCUUGAAAUGUCAGGGGUCAUACCAUAGUCUAGUUAAUAGAGUCUGGACGACCUUGACAUAUUAGGGGUUCAUAGCAUGCUCUAGUUAAUGAAGUCUGUUCGACCUUGAAAUGUCAGGGGUCAAGCCAUGCCCCAGUUAAUGGAUUAUUGACGACUUUGAAAUUUCAGGGUCAUUCUGGUUUCGAGUUAAUGGAGUGAGGAUGACCUUGAAAUAUCAGGGGCAUACCAUUCUCUAGAUAAUGAAGUAAGGGAUGACCUUGAAAUGUCAGGGAUCAUACUGGGCAACCUUGAAAUGUCAGGGGUCAUACCAUGCUCUAGUUAAUGGAGUCAGGGACGACCUUGAAAUGUCAGGAGUCCUAAAGUGCUCUAGUAAAUGAAGUCUGGACUACCUUGAAAUAUCAGGGGUCAUACCAUGCUUUAGUAAAUGGAGUCUUGGCGACCUUGAAAUGUCAUGGUUGAUUUCAUUCUCUGGUUAAUGGAGUCUGGAUUACCUUGAAAUGUCCGGGGUCUAGUUGAUGGAGUCUGGAUGACCUUGAAAUGUCAGGGGUCAUACCAUACUAUAGGUAAUGGAGUCUUGACAACCUUGAAAUGUCAGGGGUCAUAAUUUGCUCUAGUUAACGGAGUAAGGAUAACCUUUAAAUGUGAGGAGUCAUCAUUUGCUCUAGUUAAUAGAGUCUGAAUUACUUUGAAAUGUCAGGGGUCAUUCUUUGCUCUAGUGAAUAGAGUCUGGAUGACUUUGAAAUAUCAAGGUCAUACCAUGCUCUAGUUAUUAGAAUCUGUAAGACCUUAAAAUGUCAAGUGUCAUACCAUGUGUUAAUAGUGUCUGGACAAUAGAAUUCACAAUAUCUGCUCCAGAUACGCUUGUCUGUAACUGCUCCUUUUUGUUGAUUGCUGUAACUUUCUGUUGUAGAGGAAGUAUCUGAUUAAGUCAUUCUAGAAGUUCAGUAGUGUCAGACAAGUUUGGGAUUUAAGUCAGCUCGUCUGGUUCUAUGUUGAUUCCUCCUGUCUUCUCAUUGCUGUUUUAGAAGAGUUUACAGUUGUAUUUAAUUUGAUUCCUUAGGAUGUAUAUAAUAUGUUAUAUCUGAAAACUGUUGUCUGGCUGUUGUAUAUGAAUGUUUUGUGCAAGUAAUUUGCUAUUCAGAAUUUAUGUUUGAAUGAGAGUCAUUUUUACAUUUUCAAAUGAUGUUUAUGUAUAUGAAUUAACAACUCCUUUAGAGAACAAUAAGUACAGGCCUUAAAAAAAAAGUUAGAAGUAACUAAGUUUUAUAAACUUACUGGUUUUUAGUGACUUUGUAUUACUGAACAGUCCUGUAUAUAUUUUACACUGAAAUUGACUAUACAUAAGUGUAAAUGAUAAGUCUCUUUUGUUUCAAAGUUUGUUCAGGUUAUUGUAUAUUCAUAUCCGGUAUUCUUGGGGUUUUGCUAUUUUUUGCAUUAUUGCAUUUAUGUCCCCUUGCUUUUGUUUACAAACAAUAAUUUGCAAAAAAUCAUCUCUCCCUGCCAAUAUCAAUUGAUUUUUUGUUAUCAUAUGUACUAAAAUGAUGGCAAACAUCAUUUGAAGCUAAAAAAUACUAAAAUCCAUCUUGAAAUGAAAUUUCCAAUUGUACUUCUUCACUUUUUCUAAUGGUGUAUGUCUGCUUGCAGGUGCAUGGAUCAGACAUUAUUAUUAUUAAACCUAUUUAGGUUGCACACUACUCAUUUUUUUUUUCUUCUGCUUAGGCUAACAAUAUUUAAAUUUGUCAAAUUAACUUAGGAAAAAUUAAAACAGUGUUCGAAAACUACCAUGAUAUUUCUUUAUUGGUGUUUCAUACAUUCAAGUUAUUAAAAUGAUAUCAACUAAAUUGAUUGAAGCUUUUGAUUGUAGUACUGAUAUUUGUAUAUUCAUGUUCGAUUUAAUUUUAAUACUAUCUAUUCUAUUUACCGCCAAAAUACCUGACAUGAUUAUAGAUAAGAAUGACGGACAGUUGUGUUGUGUUUGUUGUGACUACAAUUUAAAUGUAUGGUUGUUUGUUGUAAAAAAAUCAUGCUGAAAUGUUGUAAUUUCAAAUGUGAUAGUGUAUUCACUCAUUUAUCUGAUAUAUAAACAUGGUUUUUAGACGUGAAUGAUUAUUCUGUUAGUACAGUGAGAAUACAUGGUGCAGGCUACAAAUAAUGCUUUAUAAACUCAAGUUGCCAAUCUAAGUGAUUUAUAAUUAAAUUAUGAGCAUUAAUUGUGCAGUUAAAUUUUUAUUGCUUAAAGAAUAUAAAGAUGUAAUGUAGAAUGUUCGUUCUAUCAUGAUUAGAUUUUGGUUACUUAAGACAAAGUAUGUAAAUGUAUAAUUCAAUUGAUCUGAAUGUUGUGUUUAUGUGUAUACCUUCUCACCAGUGCCUUCUUGUUGAAGUUGUUUCAAUUAUAAUUUAAAAAUACAUGUACAUUAUUCAUACUUCUAAAAUGUUCAUUUAUGUUUUUAGACUAUUCCCAAAUCAUGUUAAAAGAAUUUCACUUGAAUGAUUAAUGAUCUAUAAGGGUUAUUUGAAAUUGAAGUUGUGUAUAUAAGUUGCCCGACAGUUUUAGCCCCUUACUUAUGUUUCACCUAACAAGAUUUAAGGUCCACAACUGUAUCCUGUGAAAACUCACUAAUUACUAAAAUGAUUUGAUUAAACUUUGUAAAUGUUUAAAUGUAUAUAGAGCUAUUUGAAAGUAUGGAUAUAAAUGUGAGCAAUUUAGACUACUUUUUAUACAAGAUAAAUGCCCAAUUGCUGCGACAAACAAAAUAUUGUGAUAACUGGAUAAGUACAUACAAAAAUGCCAAUCGGGUUGCUUCCUAUGUUAAUCCAUCUUUCUGUCCCUCCUUCUGUAAAAGCUAAAAUACCUCAAAAAGGUAAUUAACUAUGGUCAUGAAAUUUGGUAUUAAGAGUGUGCAUUGCCUCUUCUUUUAAGUUGAAAGUUUCGGUAAUUUGUUGUUACAAAAUAAGAUGAGAUUAAAAUGAAACUUGGUUGACACAAACAGAGGAUUGUGAGGUUUAUGCUUAUUUGUUUAAAACUAGAGCUGAAAUGAAAACAAGGCAUGCAUCCAUAGGGCAUGGAUAUUCCCACAUUCCAGUUCUGUUUCAAAACUCCGCUCAUAUUACUAGGAAGGUGUUAAUGGCAAUAUUUGAUAUUUAACCUGAAAGUGGUGUGACCUUGACCUUUGAAGAAAUGAGACAUGGUACACCACAUCAUUAUUCUUAAAUGUGAAUGUUUGAAUGAAUAAGAUAUCAAAUAGAAAUAGUAUUAUAGGUUAUUUGUAUUCUGAUGAUUUUUUAAUAUGCUUUCUCAUCUUAUCCCCCCUUCCUCCCAGCAAUAUCUGCUACCACUUUGUUUUGUUUUUUCAAUGCAUACUUGUAAGCUAAUAUAGAAUGGCUCAGUGAAAAUAAAUCUUAUAAAAAUG